UUUAUCUCGAACCAGCACACAGCAGCAGCGAGCAAGUUCUCGUCGCGUUUUCACCGUUUCUUUCGUCGUCGACUCGUCGUUUCCAUUUCCACGCUCACUCGAGAAGACCGCGAUUAUCGUACCGGUAGUUCUAUGCAGUUAUGAAUGAUUCGGCCGUCGCAAUUUCGUCGUCGUCGUAGUGAAAAUUACUACACCGAACCAUCAUACAGCAGUUGUGCUAAAAUCGACGAAAAAGAGACAGAGACGCCUAAUAAUACUAAGACGCUGAAUUCUUCUUUACUGAGUGUAUUUUUCAAUCGUCUGUGUCGGCUACUACUGGCCACCAUCAUACCCCUGAAAAUGAUGAAAGAAGUUGGACAGUUUUUCAACGCCACCGCCACCGCAACUGAUAAGAAUCGACCGACAGCUAGAAAGGACGUCAAUCUUAACGAGGUGUUUAAUAAUCUAGACGUCGAUCAUCUAUCGGUUUUGGGAAAUACGCCCAAGAACCAGAGAUACAAAGGGGCUUUCAAUAUUUUCGAAUCGAUCGCCGAGUCGAAUCCGACAGAUAAAGGUUAUUUAAUGAGGGAAGAUACCGCAGAUUUAGACAGUACAGCCUGUCAAGCGCUGACCAGGCGUCUGGAAGAGGAACUUAGAGCAGCUAAGUCAGCUCAGCUGGCUUGUGGCGAAGUUCUCUUACCUGCUGAUCUCUUACCUCGAAUAGCCACAGAUGUCUUACGUAUGGCCGAAUACGAACCCUGCGGAUUGAGAGGUUGUACCCUUUUUAUAAAUUUCGAAACGGAGACCGAAUGUCGUCGUAUUGGAACAAUAAAAUGUGAUCCAAACACAGUAUCGACUUUUGAACUCUAUCUUACUCUUAAACAAGGAUCUCGUAACUCUUGGCAUUCGAUGUUGCCUCAAUUUUUAAAAAACUUUACCAAAGGCGGAACGAUAAUGAUUAGCAGAGGAUUCACGCUAGAGAAAAAGAAAUUAUACAGAUCGUAUCUUCCAGAAUGAUAGCUGGAUCCACUUACCAGUUCGAAGUUCGUAAAUUCGCCUUGUUUCUCUCAGCACAGAGAGUCAGUCCGAAACCCAUCGAACGAGAUGAGAGGUAAGACUGAAAAGUCUUCAUCCAGUCAACUAUUACUACGAUACCAAAUACAUUAAACUGCAAAACCUCCGAACGAAUAAAUUCUGGUAAAUCUCAGCUAUACUACAUUCUAUAUAUUUAUUCCAAUUGAUCCGGACGACGAUUCGAAGCUCGAUGCUCGAAAUCUGAAACCACAAAAGAAAAAAACCCAACAACCAUGUACAUAAGAGCGAGAAAAAAUUUAUUACACUUGCAAAGAAAAAAAAAAUGCAACAUUAAAAAUAAUGGAAAACUUUUUUUCAAAGCUUAUCCAAAAAGUCGAUGUUUGUGUAGAUAUAAUCUCAAAGUUUAUUAUUUAUACUAAAUACUUUAAAAAUACUUCUUUGUCCAUGUUUUAAUAAUCGCUUAUUCGACGUAGAAUUUUUUUCUUUUUUUUUCAUUUUUUACAAUUUAUAUAAAUAUCGAGAAACGUUCGAUUUAACGUUAUAUAAUAUUUAAAUAUGUAUUUUGGUUUUUCUACAUAAAUACAGCAAAAAACCAACAAAAAAAUUAUGCGUAUUUCGUCGUAAAGAGUUUUUUUUUUCGUUUCGUUUCUUUUCUUUUUUUUGAUGUGAUAAUGAAGGCUUUGAGAUAUUCGUGUUAUGUGUAGAUUGUUUAGUCGCCUUUGUCUUUCAGCUUAUUAUUUUUUUUAAAUUUAUUUUUAACGUUUUUAUUAGUUUUAAGUGUUCCUACUAUAACGAUUUAAGAGAACUUGCGAUAAUAUUUUUUUUUUCUUUUCAUUUCGUCUUAUAUAUUAUUCGUCUUUAUUAUACUAUUUUUCGUUUUCUCGUUUCAACGUUGAAGUAUGAAAAAAAAAAUUUAAAAAAACGUACAAAUACGUGUACGUUUUCGUCGGUUGUAAAAUCUUUUCGUUUUCGUUUUUUUCUAAGCGUAAAAAUGUGGAAAAAUGGUGGUGACCUUUUUUUUUUCUUUUUUUCUCUCUACUAUACAGCGAGAUAGCGUGUGGCAUAACCAAAAAAAAAAAAGCUAUUUUUUUUCAUUUUUCGCAUCACCUUUUUCUCUGUUUUUUUUUUUUUUUUUUUUGUAAUGUAAUUGUGAUUAUUUUGGCGUCGUUGCUGACUUCAUAUAUAUAUACAGUGUUGUUUACCAAAAAAUUAAACCUUUAAAAAUUUGCUAUAAAUUUAUAGUAUACCUAUAAGUGUGUCGACGUGUUUUUUUUUUCUCUUCUAUAUGAUAUUAUAGAUAUUCUAUAACGCGAUAAAACAAACCAAAUUUAUUAGUCGUGCAAUAAUCUUACUAUAACGAGGUUCGUAUACCCCCUACCUAUAUGAAUAUUCGACCCACUGGUCAAAUUUGUGUGACACGACAUUAUUAUUGUGUGUACAAGUACAAAAAUUUGUCUCUUAAGGUUUUUUUUUUUUCUUAAACUAUAAGGUGUCUUUUUUUCGUUCUCUUUUUUUUUUUUUUUGUUCAUUUUGACAAUGAUUUUUUUCCUCUUUACUGUGCCUGUGUACUUAUGUGUGUGUGCGAGCCAGUGGCUGCUGUUUCGAAAAGUGAAGAUUUUUUCACACGAGUCUGUUUAAAGGAGCUUUAGGUUCGAUACGACUCUUUGGGGAAUGAUCAAUAAAUGAUCGCAGCCAUAACUUUCUAAUAAGAACUCGAGAGCCACUGGUUGAGAAAAUUUUCUUCAAAAUUAUCGCAUAAUGUACCUACGUAAAAGAUGUGUAAGAGAAAGAGUGAUUUUGAUCAGUGUGUUUCUUUCUUUUUUUUUAGUUGUGUAUAUCGAUCUCAGACCGUUUAUUAUAUUUGUAAACAGUAUUUUUGUCUCCUUUUUCAUUUUUUUUUUUUUUUUGUUUUGUUAGCGAAACCCACCACCUUGAUAUGUGAAUGUAAUAUCAGGGUAGUUCUCCUGUGUUAUCCUUCCCCCCCCCCUACCUACCUACCUACCUACCUCCCCCGUGUAAUUUUUUUGUUCUCAUUUUUCCCAACUCCAUUUCCCAACCUUACUCCUCGUCCUGAUCCUCUUCUUCUUCUUCUUCUCGUCUAUAUACUAUAAUACAUGUAAAACGUAACAUUUAAUUUUUUUGUACAAUUUUUGUUUCUUUUUUUGUUUCUUUUUUCUUCUUCUUCUUCUUCACAAAAGUAUAUACAUAUUAUAUGUAUUUUUUUUUUCUCUUAUAUACUAUACUAUAAAAUUAAAAUAAUUACACCAGUAAGGAUUUCGUACGUUUUAUAUUAUUCUCUACGAUAUAUAAAAGAAAAAAUAAUUGAAAAAAAAACCAUAAUUGAAAAAAAAAAAUAAUUUGUGAGCUUUAUAUGUAUCAUCUGUCGAAGUUUUGUUAUGUACGUGUUUGCGAUAUAAUAAAACUUUUUUUCAAAAUAUAAA